UGUUAAAUUCGCUCGUUUGCCGUUUGGGGUUCAGUUUGGCAUCGCUUAACUUGCCCUAGUCUAUAUUCUAUAUAUACAGACUUGCAGGCACUGUUAUAUAUUAAUCAAUAAAUAUGACAGUGGAAAGACAGGGAAGCUAUAGGCUACGGUGAUGUAUUUAAGUACAGUUCUAGGACAUUCCUGGCUAUUACCGUUCAAUCGAAAGCAGCGUGAGUGAAACUGUUCCAAAAUGCCCAGACUAUGUGGAAAGUUUAAACAGCUCUGGGGCAAGUUUAAACAGCGUCCGAAAUAUCGGAAAACGGACUGGAAAAUGGGUUUUUGAUACAAGUCAAAGGUUGUGAAAUGGAAAUUAACCACAAAAUAAGACAGUUGUGAAGAGAAAUCAUAUUCACUGCACUUGGCCCCAGUAGGAAUAAAUUCAGGCUCCAAAAAAUGUACGAUGGCUGAACAGAUGCAAGCAGAGCUCAGACUUGUACUGGAGGGGAAUUCAAAGAGUUUUAAUGAUGAGGGUUAUUCACAGGGAAGAAACAAAACAGCUUGUGGUAGGGAUGAGAUUGUUUACCCUCUGUCCAAGAACAUCACAUUUAUCAAUGCUGAGGGACUAGUAGGACACUACCCUCUACCCUUGUCUUUAGCCAGCAGCACCAGUGGGUCAGAUUUCUCCAUUUCUGAUGACUCACCUGACUGGACACUACCUGACAAAUUUAGUAGAAUGGUCUCUGAAGAGGAGAGAGGCACAUGUAGUCGUGACCAUGUUCAGAGCAUGUCAGCUGGUCCCAUCAAAUACAGCUUGAUAACUCAACAAGAUGGGGACCAGAGCAGCCACCGGAAACCUACCUCAGAUGAGCAUUCAAUGAUGGGGACCCAAAAUGGUGGACCAAAUGUAGAAAAAACUGUGGAAGAGCAGACGACCCCAAUUGUGCUUCCUGCUAUAAAGAAACAGGGUGUCCAGGGAGACAAUGUGAACCGUCCCUACAAGUGCUCACACUGCGACUGGGCUUUCAAAAAGUUAAGCAACCUACUGAGCCACAUUGAUACGCACAGAGGUCUGAAGCCCCACGUGUGCGAGCAAUGCGGCAAGGCCUACUCCCACCAAGGCACUCUGCAGCAGCACAAACGCCUGCACACGGGAGAGAGGCCCUACCUGUGCCCCUUCUGCGACAGGACCUACAUCUGGUCGUCGGACUACCGCAAACACAUCCGCACCCACACGGGUGAGAAGCCCUACGUCUGCGGGUCGUGCGGGAAGGACUUUGUGCGCUCGUCCGACCUGCGCAAGCACGAGCGCAACAUACACACCAACAACAAGCCCUACCCCUGCCCGCAGUGCGGCAAGACCUUCAACAAGCCCCUGUCCCUGCUCCGCCACCAGCGCACCCACCUCGGGGAGAAGCCCUUCAGCUGCCCGGACUGCGGGAAGGCCUUCGCCGUGGCCAGCCGCAUGGUGGAGCACCAGAAGACCCACCGGGGCGUGCGGCCGUACACCUGCCACGUGUGCCUCAAGGCCUUCACCAAGUCCUCCAACCUGCUGGAGCACCAGACCCUGCACAGCGGCUUGCGGCCUCACAAGUGCUCCGAGUGCGGGGUGGCCUUCGCCAUGGCCUCCCGCCUGGCUCGACACCAGCGCGUCCACACGGGGAAACAGCCGUUCGGAUGCCCCCGGUGCGGCAGAGCCUUCAGCCGUCCCAGCGCGCUCAAGCGCCACCAGGAGCAGCUCUGCGGUUAGCGCGCGUUGCGGCCGCGCUCCGUCGAACCGCAGGGUCCUUGGGUGUCAUCGGCUUCUCACGCUUUCAGCAGCUGGCCUAAGCCACACACACCUGCUACUGGCAAAGAACAGAGAAUCUUCAAAUCCAUCAUCCUGCUAUGCAGAGUAAUCCUAGUAAAUCUCAAAGUGUUAAAUUGAUAAUUGGUUGGGAUUGAAAUACUUUCCUACGCUUUUCUGAGCUUGUCUGGUGUUGUGAAAUACUUUCAAAAAGAGCAAACCCUGCAUUCUGGUCUUCUUGGUUGACUCAGUUGCUCCAGGUAAGAUCAGUUGAGCAUAGAAAAGUAUUUGAACCCAUUGUUUUAAGAACAAAUUAAUGAAACGUAUAAGUCUGUCAUUAAUUUCCAGAGGCAAUGGGCUAAUAUUCAUAUUUACAGCAUAAUUAUAAGUAUAAGUGCAAAGAGGACCUGAGAGGACAGUACAGUUCCAAGUCCUAAUGUAAACAUACAGAUAAUCAGAACCCUUGAAGAGUACAAUCAACUUCCAAACUAGCAUGCCACAGUUGGCAGCUAGAAUACCCUGAGUACAACAAUACAACAGCCAAUAAAACAACAACAAUAUCUAUACAAGUAACAAUAUCUAUACAAUCUAUACAUAAGUGCCAUUACAGUCUAAGGCUAAUCAUGGUGGUGAGUUAGGGAGGGAAAGGUGUAGCCUGAAGAGAUGUGUCUUCAGUCUGCGCUUGAAGGAGGUCAGAGACUCUGCUGUUCUGAGGUCAUUCCACCACCGUGGGACCAGGACAGACAGCAGUCGUGAGCGUGAAGUGCAGGUGUGGCGAGGGGGAGGCGCCAGACGGCACAAAGUGGCAGAACGGAGGGGUCUUGUUGGUGUAUAGGUCUUGAUAAGGGAUUGAAUAUAUACAGGGGCUGAUCCCUUAACUGCCUGGUAUGCGAGCACCAAAGUUUUAAAUUUGAUGCGAGCCAUAACAGGCAGCCAGUGGAGGUUGCUGAGCAGGGGGGUGACAUGUGAAUGUCUGGGAACAUUGAAUACCAGACGGGCUGCAGCAUUCUGGAUCAGUUGUAGGGGUCUGAUGGCAGAUGCGGGAAGGCCAGCCAGCAGAGAAUUGCAAUAGUCCAGGUGGGACUAAGGAAGUCCUGAGAAUCCUACCUUCUGGAGGUGCCAGAUUUCUUCAUGGUUUUGUUUAGUUGUCAAAUACCAGUUCCAACCCACAGGGCAAUAUUUAAUGUGUGAUAGCUGUGUUAGGGAGGGUUCUGUCAGCCAGAAUCCCUGUGUCAUUGGUCUCCAGCAACCCAUACAGGUCAGUUGGGCACCUGCAGUUCACUAAAGCUGCGAAUGAAGUGUCUUCUCCCAUCGCACGUCUGUGCAAACUUGGCUGGUUUGGGUGAAUAGAAGCAAUUGGUGACAUCACAGGUGAAGAGUGUGCAUGCUUGUCUUAACUCUCCCUCAGCUGUGGAGAUUGCAGCAUCAGAGUAGUUGUAUAUGAUUGGGCAUUCCAAAUUUGGGAGAAAAUGUCUUAAGAAGAGAUCAUGAAGCAAUUCAAACGCAGCAUCGUCUGCUUUCCUGUACUGUAAUUGAACAAGAAAAAUACAACACGGGAAAUAAUUUAUAUGUAUAUAAAUAAUAUAUAGUCCACACUAUGACAGGAAGGGUCCUUUCUUAAACUUAGCAAUGUACUUAAAAUAUGUAUAAAAAGUAUAAGUGUAUAGAUAGUUUCUUAGAAUACACAAUUUACUUAUUUUCUAAAUAGAUUUUUUCCAUUUGAACACAAAAACACAUGUACAUACACACACACACAGUGAGAGCAGGCUGAAUAAUAUGGAUAAGGCUCUCCUGGAGUGUGCUUGUUUCCUUGCUUCUUUGCCAAGACGUGUAACCUGAGCCCUAGCACCAUGCAAGUGACAGCUGUUGGUGCAUCAUUGCAUCUUAAUUUAGUGGUUAGCUUAGUUUCGAUGUAGGUUUGUUGUGCUACAACCCUAUGGUAUGGAAGACAUGUUGAUCUUUUCCAAGUUCUUAUUACAAACCUUAUUUGCACAUUCAUCUAAUAUUUAUGGGUAUCAGGUACCAAAUGUACACCCUGAAAUUUUCAGUUUAUACUUGAUUCAGAUGAUUACCUGGGGGUUGUCAGAAUGGAAACCAACGGAACAGUAAUGCCAUGGCGAAAAAGAUGAUAAUAAACUUUUGGUAUUAGUUUUGUCGAUAUGUUCAGAUUCAUUUAAUUAUAUAAUUAUUCGUGUGAUUAAUGCUUGGAAUUUGCUGAACUUAAUGAAAACAUUAGGUGGGACAAAUUUCUCAGGUUAUUAAAAUAGGAUGACGACAGACUGCUGAAUUCAUGUCCUCCUAGUCCUCCUCCAUAAACUCCAAUGAGCACUUUAUUAGGUUACAGAAACAUAAAUAACCACACAUUACAAUAGUGGUUUGCAGAAGAGCAUCAAAAUGCCUCAAAACUCUUGCGUGGAUAGGCUACAGCAGCAGAAGUCUAAAAAAUAAGUAUAAUAAAUACCUAAUACAGUGCUCACUGAGUGUGAUAAAAAACAGUUCCAGUUUGGAACCAGUAUAUAUAAGCAGGGUUUUCCCCAAAGAAUGUGGUGCACCACUCUGUUCCCUCACUUAAUCUAUAAAACGUCUUGAAGAAAUAUUAUGAAAUACAUACUGAUCUUAAUGGACCAGUUGUUAGUGUAAAGGUACACAAAAGUCUUGGUUUGGUUUUGACUUCACAGUUCAGUAUGCAUUUUUGGUACAGCAGAAAAAAGUAAGGAAGAAAUGCUGUAGAAAGCUGCUUUUAUUUAUUAUGAAAUAUAAAAGAAACCAGUCGGCCUCAAACUGGGGAAAGGUACAAAAGCUCCAUUGCCCUCCUCCGUGACCUCCAAAACCAGCCCCCCUCCCUUGGCCCAAGGACCCUGAUCAUGAUAUAUAUGAAGGGAACAGGAUAUUCAGCCCAUCUCGGCUCAUCAUCUGCCUACUGACUGUAACGUGUCUAGCUCUGCAUUAUGCCAAAACGUGAAUGCCCCAAGGGCUUGUCACACCUGAUGGCAAUUUGACAGGGUUGCAGCUCAUCCAGAAUGCUCCCACUCAUCCGAUCCACAGCCUCUCAUGGCAAGUUCCCUCCCAGCCCCCUGUGUGUCUGCACGUCCAUGGUGGUCGAAUGAGCUUCCUACUGCAGUCAGAACAGCAGAAACCCUACCCAUUAUCGAUACAGACUAAAGGCUCUCCUAACCAUUUGACAUAUUCUUCUUCCUCUUCCUUUCUUUAGUUUUUUUUAAUGUAUGUAUUUAUUUCCGAUAACGUUAUAGGUAUAGCUGGCUAAGGUUAUAUUUAUCACCAUACUUUGUUGUUACAAAGUUGUUGGUUAGGUUAAUAUUACACUUGUGAUUAUCAAUGGGUCCCCAUGCUUUCAUGGUGAUAUCACAUUAUUGUAUUCCUGAGAGUAACAGGUGUUCUACUACUGUUUGUUGCUCUGGAUAAAAUUUAUGCAAUUUACUAUGUGUCAGAUAUUAGCUUCAUAAUCUGAUUCAUGUUUGUAAUUACACACUGAUCAUUCAUUUUCAUCUCAGAACAUCAAGAUUAUAAUUUCACCUCCUGACUUAAACAUUGUUAUUUGAGCUCAAUAAAACAUAAUAUAUUUGA